CACAUUCUUUCUCUCUCUCUCUUUCCCUACCAUAUCCCUUUCCUACAAAUACUAGACAUGGCUGAGACUCCUACUUUUAAGCUCGUCCUCGUUGGUGAUGGCGGUACGGGAAAGACUACCUUCGUUAAGCGCCAUUUGACUGGCGAAUUUGAGAAGAAGUACAUCGCCACAUUGGGUGUCGAGGUCCAUCCUUUGAGAUUCAGCACUAACUUUGGUGAGAUUAUCUUCAACACCUGGGACACUGCUGGACAAGAGAAGUUUGGUGGUCUUCGUGAUGGUUACUAUAUCAAUGGACAAUGUGGUAUUAUCAUGUUCGAUCUCACCUCCAGAAUUACAUACAAGAACGUCCCUAACUGGCACCGUGAUCUCGUUCGUGUCUGUGAGAACAUCCCCAUUGUUCUCUGCGGUAACAAGGUCGAUAUCAAGGAGCGCAAGGUCAAGCCCAAAGCUAUUGAUUUCCACCGCAAGAAGUCUCUUCAGUACUAUGAUAUCUCGGCCAAGAGCAACUACAACUUUGAGAAGCCUUUCCUCUGGUUGGCUCGUAAGCUUUCCGGUCACCAUUCACUGGAGUUUGUAGCCUCCCCUGCUUUGGCUCCCGCUGAGGUUGCAGUCGAUGCUACCCUUAUGCAACAGUACAAGCAGGAAUUGGACAGUGCUGCACAGAUGCCUCUCCCUGAGGAAGACGAUGACCUGUAAAAAAAUUUAGGCGAUUAUAGCUAUUCUUUUUAACGCUUUUUCCAUAUCCCUUCAUUCGUUUGCGUUCACAAAGUUCUCUUCCUUUCGUAUGUUCGCCAAUAAAAUGUAGCUUUUUCGACAACUUUGCCCAUUAUAUGGGCCAUAAGCCAC